AAUGACCACCAAAAGCAGCAAGAAAGAGAAAGGGGGUUUCAAACCUACACUGCCUCCGGUUAUAUUGACUGAUACCUACAACUGUCGCUUUGUAAUUCAAGAGGAAAUCGAUGUUGAGUCACAAAUGUCAGACGGAACCAAAUCGGAAACGCUCACCAAAUUGUUCUUUCACUUAGCGUGUGCUGACAAUAUCAUCAAAAUCGGAGAAUCAGCGUAUACAAAGGAGAACUUGUCUAUUGUGAAAAAACUAAUUAAAGCACUGAAUAAAAUGAGAUAA